CCAGCAGCGUCUCUCACCCAAGGACCCGCUGGACCUCUGAUUCUGUGCUCCAGCCCAAGGACUGGAAGGCAUGGCACGGGAUGUGGUCUGGCUCCUUUUCCUCCAGCUCGUCUUUCGGCCAACUCUGGUGAUAGGCAUCAACAUGCAGAUGGCCAUCAAGAACUUCCGCACCUUACACAUUGACUACCCCAUGGUUAAAUACCCGAAGGGUUUCCACGGGUACUGCAAUGGCCUCAUGGCCUAUGUGAGGGGCAGAGUACAGGACUGGUUCUGCCCUAAGAUCCACUAUGUGGUACACGCCCCCUGGAAGGACACCCAAAAGUUCUGCAAAUACAGCGAGAGCUUCUGUGAGAACUACAAUGAAUAUUGCACCCUCACUCAGGACUCCUUCCCCAUUACAGUCUGCACCUUGGACUCUAAGCAGCCACCAACCAGCUGCAGCUACAACAGCACCCUGACCAACCAGAGGCUGUACUUGCUCUGCUCCAGCAAGCAUGAUGCUGAGCCAAUAGGUAUCAUUGGCAUCUACUAGGGACUUAGCUCGCAAACCUGUCCCACCUCGUACAGGUCUCUACAUGCCACCCC